UUUCCCUCCAAAGCAAAACCUCAGUCUGUGCUCCUGCGCUGUGAUUUAAAGCUCAGUUGCAUCUGAGGCUGCAGGGAGCAUCUCCUUUUUUCCACUUCCAUCACGUUCACUUGAUUGAAUGGGAUUUUAUGUAACAGUGACUAGGGAAUUAAUGUCACAGGAGGACCGCAGGCAUCACAGCCAGUGAUGCACACACACACAGACAGACAUGGAGGCGUGCACAGGGAAGCUUCUGCAGUGAUCUGCUUGUUCUGGUGAUGCUGAAGCCGACUGAUAAAGAUGCAGUUCUGCAGAAAGGUGCUCUGCCAGCCGUGUAGCGCCAGGGUCACUUCGCCAGAGGAGGACAUGGAAUACAGGAUGGGGAGCUGCAUUGGAAUCUCACACAAGCAGUGUCUUUCAGCCAGCUGAUGUGAGAGGCCGUUGGUCUGGGUAGUUGUGGCCCUGCACCUGGCUCAGCCAUGGGAAACGAGAACAGCACAACUGAGGCAUUGCCAGAAGAGGGCGCUCCAGAAAAUGUGAUUCUUUUUCCACCUAAGCAGCAGAACCAACCUGAAACCCUGCAGACUGAUGCAGAGAGUCUUAGCGGGAGGGAGAACCAGGCACUGCUGACCGAAGCCUCCACCUGCCGACCCAGCCUUCUGUCUCAAUCAGUCCUCCCAGAGGUCCCAGUCAUCACUGGAGUGGAGGAAGACAGAGGAGCUGUAAGCGAGGAGGACAAGGAGGAGCUGGAGUUUCCUCAUGAUCUGCUCCCCAGUUUGGAUUUCAGCAGUGAACUGAACAUCUGGGAGUCCUCACUGGGAGCUCAUUCUAGCUCUGAAGGGAGAAAAUGUGAACAGGUGAACCCCCUGCUGGUGGGCCUGCAGCAUAACAUGGAUGUCGGUGGAUCACUGCUGGUUUUAGAUGGAAGGCCUGAUGGCAUCCUGCCAGUAAUCCCAGAUGUCCAGGCUUCACUUCAGCUGGGACCCCUGACACCUUCCCUGACCAAGUUCUCUGACCAGGAACUCCAAAUGGCCUUCCAAGAAUGCGAAGAACAAAUGGUGUCACUGGGAAUGCUUGACUCUAUAGAGUCUGACAAGACUCAGGAUGUUGUAGGGAAGGCAACAGGGGAGGUUAUGGUUAAUGACUCUGGCAAGUCAUUCUCGCCACUUCCAGUCGCAGUCCAGCCAGUGUGUGGCAACGGGGGCCAUGGAAACGAGAGUACACAUGGAAAUAUUGAGGCAGCCAACAGUCAGAUGGAUACAGUUGUGUUUAGUUUUAGGGAUUACAUUCUAGGGACUGAGAAUAACACAGAGAACAUAGAAACAGAAAUGGAAGUAGAAGCAAAUCAGUGUCUGAAGAGAUGUUCAGAGCUUGAAGUAGGAACGGGGAUGAAUGAACAGAAAGAAUUAUUAGUUACAAAUAAAGAAUCUCCAAAAGACCUGAGAGCCUUGGAGACCUUAAACAAAGAUGUUUGUUUAAGUAGCACUACUGAGAUAAAUACCUCAAGAGAUUCUUGCACAGAAAUGAAAGAAGUCCCAGGUGGAAAAGUAGAAACGAUAGCCUCAUCGGAAAAAAAUGCAAGUGAUGAGAUUGAUAUCAAUGUUUGCAAUGAUGAUCCUAACUCAGAAUUAUUAUAUUUAGCACCAACAGGAGCACAGAAAGAAACCGACAAGCAAAGUAAGGAUAAUCAGUCAAAGUCAAAUUCAGAGAAGCAGGUUGGACAAAGCAAAGAAUUUAAGAAAAAGAAACAUAGGAAAAAGAAAAAGACAGAAAAAAGAGCCGAGAGGGAACAGAAAGCAAAAGCACAGGAGUCUGAAAUUGAAACACAGACCCUGUCACCAUUGGAUGUUUGCACUUACACAGAUUUAGCAGCAGUUUCUACACCAGUGUCAGAGCUAGACACUACGCCACUGACUUGUGGGGAACAGACUCAUUAUGAGCAGCAGCUGAGUCCUGGAGGAAUGCUGAAGUCCUCCCCUCAAAGUAGUGUAGAAAAUCUUAAUAUCACAGCUUGUUCAUUAAUCUCUAUGCAGGCCCUUUCACAGAAGACCCAUCAAUCAGAUAAGCCUGACAAUUUGGAUGCUGAGAAUUCUAUUAAUCAUAACACAAAAUGUGAUGAAUGUGUAACCAAAGAAGAAAAUGUCAUCAAUACAACACCAGAAACAAAUCAAACUGCAGUUACUGGACAUGCUGAUUCCAGUGAAAGAGAGUUGGAUGGACAGAUGCAGGAAGCUAUAGUUACUACAGAAACAAAAAUACUCACAGAGGAGGAUCAAAGCCUAUUCUCCAACAGCAGAGCUUGUGUGGGAGACAGUUGCGUGGAUAGUGGCCUUGGAAAAGCUUUAAUAGUGGUUAAUGCGUUGCCACUGACAACACCCACACUGUCAGAAGUGAUAGAAAGCAAAAGAGAGGGAGAAAGUGUGAGCUGUGAUGUACAGGAGAGGGUGGCUACAGUAGCAGUUGCUGAGAGUGAGAAAGGCGCAAGAGAAGGCAAACGGGGAGGAAGAGGAGAGUAUCUUGGCUCUGCGGAUGUGAACAGAGACAAACUCCUGGAGAGCCCCUGCCAGGUCUCAUUAAUCUGCUCUCAGGGAAGUCGCACGCUUCAACUCUCAGCCAGAGAGGGGGGGACUGCACGUGAGGAGAGCUGCAGCAGCAAAAUGCCCCAUAACUUGGCUGAAGCAGAAAUUAAAGGACCGGGAGAGGCGUGCAUUCGAAGCAUUGAGGCAGAGUUCUCACCAGCUGAAGAGAAGGAUGCAGAAAAGACGAUGCCAAGCUUAAAAUGCUGUACUGAUCAUUUUGGUUCCGAUUUCCAAGCUCUCAGUGUUGAACAAUUGGGAGUAACGGAGGAAGGGGGAGGAGGAGGAGAGGUGGGAGAGAAAGGAGGGUUUGCUGGGAAGCACAAUUUACUCAGCCAGCCAAAAGGCUUUGCUGGAGGGGUGUCAUCAGUCAAGAGAGGAGCAAGUCCGCCCAGUGAUGUUGCCAAGUCACAGCUGAAGUCACAGUGCUGUGUUGAGCUGAUCGGUACCAUCCCUGAGGGCUCUGAAGAGAAGCAUUUCUAUCACAAACAGGAUGACGUGACAGUUUUACCUCUUCCCUCUUACCCUGUGCAGCAGAGCAAUACAGACGCUGGGAAAAAGACUGGACUAAUGCAAGAACUGGUUCGAGAGGAAGCUCUGCCUUUUACACAACCUAUUCAGCCAUCACUGGUCAUGGAGAAUAACCGCGAUCAUGUCUUCCAACGUGAGGAACAAGCCAAUUCUGAUCAACAGGUUGGACCUCGUAGCACAGAGGAGAGGACAGCAAAAAGCACAGCCAAUAGCCAGAGGGUGAGCAGUAGCCCCAACUUGACUGGAAGUGUUGUCCUUCUGUGUGGCACCCGUGGAGGUAACAACAGAGUUCAUUUUGCAGAUGAUGUUAAUCUUAAAAACAGCUCUUCUGAUACCGCUAAGGAAAUAUUGGUUCAAGGUUUGGACUGUGCCUCUCUGCCUCCUUUGACUGUUCAUGAAACAUUGUACAAUCCUGUGACAGAAGCCAGCUACACCUUCCCCAAUUUCCUCAGCUUCAAGGAUCCAGAAACACCCACACAUGUAGCAACAGCUGUGGAUGAAGCAGUUAUACAUUGUUCAAAUAUUCAAGAACAACCAGAGGAAGCCAAAUUUGGUAAAGGAAAUAUCAACGAAUUUAUUGACUUAGAUCACUCACGUCAUGACCACCAUGAAAAUGCAGUAGACUCAGAGGAAAAUGCUAAGUCUAAUGCCACUGGAUGCACAAAACAGAUUUUGUCCCCAACAUUGGUGAAGGAGAUUGGUAACCAAGUUUGUCACCUUGAGAAUGAAUCUAAAAAUUCAGGUGAAAGCGACUCAUCCUUAAAUCAAGAUUUUGCUGUAACCCUUAAAGAAAAGGAAGAGAGCCAAAAUGCUUCAUCUGAGGAUUUUACCUGCAAAAAUGUAACCCUUCCUGAGGAGCUUUUUGACACCGAUACUGCUCCUGUUUCAGAAGCUAAAGCCGACCCCUCAAUCUGCACUGAAUCAAAGUCUCCUGAAACCACCUCUCAGCCAUCCUGCUACUCAGACGUGACCCCUAAAACUGGCCUACUCUUCGCUGAUGUCAUGGAGUCUACUAGGGUACCUUUGUCUUCAAGUCUUAUUCCUAGUCACUUGGAGUUUCUCACUGGCUGUGAUAUCUCUUUUCCAGAGCACACAGAUAGUCACAAUGCUAAUGGGAACACCACCAGUGUUUCUAGAAAGGUGACUAUGAAUAAGGGAGAUGAAAUUAACAUAAGUUCUUUAGAAGAUGAUCUAAACCACAGUAGCAUUAGUUUUAAAACAGAUGAAACUCCUCAGGAUCUGAAGAAUGGAAAUAAACUCCCGAUGUCUCACGCCAGGAGUUUAGGUUCUUCACAAGUGGAAAAUUUGACUCUUGCAAACCAGGGUUCAGCUGCAGAUGAUGAACUGUCAAAGGAAGGAUCUGAUAAUGCAAUUUGGACAUGUCACAAAGAGCCAGGCUCUGCUAGCAGUGAAAUGUCUGAUAGAGAUGACAUAGUGUGUAUAAACUGCCCUACCAAUGAGACAUAUAUUAAUAUUGAAGAUAAUAGUAUGGGAGAGGAAAAGAAGCUAAAUGAAAACGUAACAAUGAAUAAUCAAGAGGAAGGAGCAGAUACAAGACAGCAGACAGGAAAGACAGACCUAACGCUGCAGCAGCAGAAUAAUGGUGUUUUUAUGGAAACGGGAAUUCUGCAGCCCCAGUAUAAACACAAUGAGCCAAAGACUGAAUCAACACCUACAGAAAUAGCAAAUAAAGAGAAAAGGAACGGGAGCUUUCCAUCUAAAUGUAAAGAUCAAUCUUCCUUCUUAUCUCCCAGCAAAACCUCUGAUGGGUUUUUACCUCCAGAGUUAGAGUUAAGUGCUGAAGCUCUGACUGUUUAUGACCAGGAUUUGAGCCAAACUGUCCCAGCACUGCCGGAAUGCUUUCAUAUUGACGUUGCACCAGAUCCUAGGCCAACUUUUGACCAUUUCUCGAUGUUGCAAGAAGUAAACAUCAUUUCUCAAGAACCAGAGCAAAUGGAGCAGUGUCUGAGAUCCACACAUUCCAAAGAAGAGCUGCUUGGGGGACCUGCUGAAGAUAAAGAAGAGGCUUGCAUUUGGACUCAGACUGUAGCUCAGCAGGAGGGAGAUGGCUCUGUUCAGAGUUUGUUUGCAUUAGAAAAAAAGGAUGAGUUGUUGGAUUUGCCAGGAGUCGUGAGGGAAGAGGUGCCAUCUGUUUUUCCUGUAGAUUCAAAUUUAAGUCCUGCAGAAGGAAUGGCAUCAGUUUACUCAGGGAAAGUAGGUGUUUGCUCUCAAAUAGAUGAGAUUGAGCAGAGAUUAUAUCUGAGUAAAGAUCCUGGUGUAGAGCUAAAUGAUUUGGAUCAAAAAAUAAAGCCAAACCAGACAACUAACGUGGGCCCGCAUAGUACAUCUGAAAUAUUAAAACAUACAGCAUCUGUCGAGUUUGCUACGAGGAAACUGGAAGCUUUACCUAUCCCUCUCUCAGUUUCAUCAAACGUCAGCCAAAAUGAUCAUGGGAUCCCUAGUGCAAGUGGAGCUGAGGAUGUCUCUCCAAAUGGAUUUAACACAAUGCAAGAUGUUUUUGGGGAAACAGAAACUUGGAAAGAGGACAUCAGUGCUGCCUUAGCUAUAGAAAGCAAACAGGGUGAAAUUGAGGAUACAGAGCUUCAAAGCUGCAGUAUCAGCUCUAACACAGAUGGAAGCCAAAUUGUCCAAAUAACCCAAAAAAGCUCUAAUGUUGAGGAAAUCACAAAAGAAGGCGAGGCAGAUAUGGUAAAGAGGAUGACUCGGGGGGAUGGACAAGAAGAUAACAAUGAUGAAGAUGAAGGAACACUACUGAUUUCAAUUUUAAAUGAUAAAGGUGGAAUAUGCUCCAGUCUCUCUAACAAAUUGGUGCCACAAAGCAGCACAGAAAUCCACGUUUGUUCCUCAGAAGGGGCUGUAAGUUGUGCCAAGGCAGCUGAAAUAGGUGAUAAUAUGAUGCAUAACACAAGCCUUGAUGUCAUCAUUGAUCCUUCAACCAUCGCUGCAGCCUCCAAUGAGUCAGAGGAACCCUAUGAUCCGGUGGCAUUUUCAGAGCCCCAAGACAGAAUUGAAGUAAUCCCCCCUACCACGGUUUCUCAAGAUGAUGCAGAAUCUCUUGAAAAGACUCCUACCUGCAGCUCUCCUGUUGAGCAAGCUGUGUCAGGGAGUUCUGAUCCCAUUCAAGGAUCCCAGGAACCAGAGAAAAUUUGGAUACAAGCCUUCGAAGAUGCUGUGUCACUUUCUGAGAUCAAACAAGUGAGCACACAGGAUUCCUUCAGCCCACUCCCAUCUCUGGACUCUCCUCAGGUUGAUUUUUUAACUCCCAGUGAGGAGCUAGCUUCUCCACCCAGAUCCGAGGACACAGUCCCAUCAGAAGAAGCAGAAGAAAAGGCAGCACUGAGCUCAUGUCUGAGUGCUGUGCAGAGGCCAGUAAAUCUUCCUCAACCUUUAGAAAAGGUCAUACCUUCUGAACCGACAAAACAUACAGCCAAUCUGACAACAAAGGCUGAGAUCCAAGAAGAAUCAUCUGAAAAACCAAAAUCCUUAGAGUCAGAAUCAUCUCAAAAGCUUUUAAACUCUGAAAGGGAACCUGUUGAAGGGGCAGGAGAGCAGACUAAUAUCUUCAUACCUGCUCAAGUGACCAAAGGUACCCCAGAACCAACAAGAGAUGAGGUAGAAACCAGAGAAAGAGGACAUGUAGAAGAUUUACCACGAAACGAGUCAAGAGCAGAGACUGCACUACAAGAAGAGGAGUUAGAAGAGCCAUAUGAAAAACCAACAAAGGUCCUUCCUGUAGUGACCUCUAAAGUCCCAGCUGGGGAAUCUGAAGUGUCACAAACAGUUCAAGAUCCCCCUACAAAGCUUCAGGACAGUGGGCUCUCCCUUGCUGAGCAGACAGAGAGCAGCCACCCUGCCCCUGCUUCUCCCUCACCUCCCUCCGAUGACCCCUGCACUACACACCUUCCUGCCAUCCCUCCUCACCUCCACAAAACCACAGAGUCCGCUCCUCACCCAUCCUUGGAGAGCGACACACUUCCAUCCACCCCGCCUGCAUCCCCCUGCAUCCCUACUCCAGUUCCUGCAGACCAAUGUACUCUUUCUACUGAUAAUUGUGAGGACCUCUACCCUGUUUCUGCACCCUCCCAAGUUCUGUUAAGGAGCUCAGAUUCUGAUGGUGCUUUUGAAACUCCUGAAUCUACAACCCCAGUGAAGGCCGUUACUCCUCCUGAACCACAAAGAGAGCAGCCAGAAUCUGAUGACAAAGGUGUAAACGGCUCUAAAGGCGAUCUUACUUCGGACCUCACUGCAAGAGAUGCUCUGUGUCACUCCCCAUCCAUUGUUUUUGAUGAGAACAAACCCAUUGCUGCCAGUGGGACAUAUAACUUUGAUUUUUUCGCUGCUGAGCCGACGAGCCACACUCUGACUCGCUCUCUUAGCCUCCAGAGUGGAGAACUUGAUUGCUCGGGUCUAGUGGAAGGAGCAGCAUCAGGAGCUUUCCGUCAACAUUCGGAGUCUUUUAGCGUAGGCACCGAGAACACCUCAGGAAAACUCCGGAGACCUAAGAAAGUCAGUCCUGGUUCGGUAAAGAAGAAGCCCCUUCUUAGACAAAACUCCAACCCUGACAGUUCAAAGCCAGCCUCAUCCAGUAGCACCCCAGAAACUACAAAGCGAACAAAGUCACGGACUGCUAGCCCUCUUCUGACUCAGGAGGAUCCAGAGGUUUGUUCUGCAACGCCAAGUCCUGCAGGAACUCUCAGGAGAACCAGAAAGAGCCGUGUUGAAACUCCACCUCCACUUCUGGAAGAAACUAUUCAGACCUGCCAAGAGCAGAGCAAAGGGAAAGACCCUGUGUUACCCUUGUGUCAGGAGGAAGCCCCUCCUGUAGAGACUGUAGCAGACAAAGAAAACUCUCCAAUCCCGCCUAGCGCCUCAUACAAAUGGGAUCCUGACAACUUUGAGAACAUCGACCCCUUUAACACUGGGGGUAGUAAAAUAGCCAAUUCUCCUGUUCUGGGUCGUAAGGGUCCUAUUUGUGGCCCUGCAUCCAGUCCUCCUCAGAGUCCCGCUGUGGUUGCAGAACCACAUUGCCGAACUGCCACAGCCUCUGUUGAAGAGCUAACUACUAAUCCUGAGGAGCAACCCAUUUUAUCGAAGCGUCAGCCAGUCAGACUGGAGUUUGAUUACUCUGAGGAGAGCGGUGAGGCGUCACAGCAAGCCUCUCCUCCACCUAAGAAAGUUGGUAAGAAGCCUCCCGCCAAGAUGCUGUCAAGGAAACCAAAGCUGGGGCUAAAAAAAGCCCAUCCAGUACAGGUGGAGCAACUGGACAACAACACCUCUGCAAACCACAACGGAUCGGAUGAAAUCCCUAUUCCCAAAGUGUCAUACAACAUUGAACCAGACAAGUGGGAAGAUCCAAACUUCAAUCCAUUUUCUUCAAAGAAAAGUAUCUCCAACUCCCCCAAAUCGUCCAGGCAUCCAUAUACCUUUGAUCCUAACACUGAUGAGUCCUCAAACCCCUUUAAAUCCUCCAACAAAAUGGCCUGCUCCCCUCCCAGAGUGUCGGCCCCCUUGGAAAUGUCAUCAAAUGACUAUGAUAACGAAAACGACAACGACAACAUUGGGGAAUUGGAGGACCAAAACCAGAACAAACCAGCUAAGAAGAAGAGAACUCCCCUAAAAUCUAAUACUUUCAGAGUCAAGAGAUCUCCAAAGAAAUCCCCAAUGUCUGACACAUCCCAGGAUCCCACAUCUGCGGAUGAAUCUCCUUCUCUUCACCAACAGGAUGAUCACGCCACAGACGAGGAGAAGCUGGCCUCCUCCACCAGUCAUAAGUGGGCGGCCCACCAUGACAUGGACCAGGAUUUAAACACUGACCACCCAGACUUUCCCCAGCCCUGCGACGUUACGACUUUCGUAAAUGAGAACAGUCUUCCUCAGGAGAAUCCAGUCCAGGACUAUGAAAUCGAGUACAUGGAGAAGAUUGGCUCUUCUUCCCCACCACUGUCUAUCAAAAAGCCCUCUCUGUACUUGAACUUGGAUUCAGUAUCUGACAGUUUAACCCAAACUACAAAUGGACAUGUAUCUGAGCCCAGUUCCCCCUGCACUGGGAGUUUUGAGGAAAUGGAAGCCAAGAUAUCCGCCGGCAUGAAGACGCCAGUUUUGAGUCCGAGGCCCGGUCCAGAGGGCUAUGCUGUGGACAAGGGCAGGAAGAGAGAGAGUGAAGUGCUCAGUCGAACCCAGAGCAUAGAGAGGGAGGAACAGCCCUCUAGCCAGGGCCCUGUGGAGGCCCUCCCUGCAGCCCCAGCCCAGGCCAUGCCCCUGUUGUUAGACAGGCUGUCUGAGUGUGAGGAUCCCCUGCAGUACCUGGAGCCUGACCUGGCUGAGACCAACCCAACUGCAUUCGCUCAAAAACUACAGGAGGAGCUGGUGCUUGCUGCCCUGAGGUUAGAGGCUCUGCAAGUAGCCCAAAGCAUCUCCCAGUGCCCCUCCCUCUCCACUGUAUCCCCCCAGUCUCGACUCAAGAAACCCAGCUCACGGAGGUGGAAUAUCAACGGUUCCCCCAUACUCAAACAGCGGGACAUGUUGUCUUCUGCAGAGAGCUCCAUACCCAAGAGCUCACUAUAUGCCAAGAAGACCAUCGGCAGCAGCUACAUGGAAGGAGACAGUCCUCAUCUGCCAAGAGAUCUUGACCAGUCGUUGGAUAUUGCACGAGAGGAGAUUGUGUCAAAGGAGAAGGAGGUACUGGAGUGGCAAAGGAAGUAUGAGGAAAGUCGGCAGGAGGUGGUGGAGAUGAGGAGGAUUGUUGCUGAAUAUGAGAAGACUAUUGCUCAGAUGAUAGGCAUGCCAGAGGAUGACCAAAAGGAGAAGUCUCUGUCCCAUCACACCAUCCAGCAGUUGAUCAUAGAGAAGGACCAGGCCUUGGCCGACCUUAACUCAGUGGAGAAGUCCUUGGCUGACCUCUUCCGCCGUUAUGAGAAGAUGAAAGAUGUGCUAGAAGGUUUUCGCAAGAAUGAAGAAGUACUGAAGAAAUGUGCUCAGGAGUAUCUGUCCAGAGUUCGGAAGGAGGAACAGCGAUAUCAGGCUUUGAAGAUCCACGCUGAAGAAAAACUAGACAAGGCCAAUUCAGAGAUAGCACAGGUCCGAUCCAAGGCAAAGCAGGAGCAGGCUGCCCACCAAGCGAGUCUAAGGAAGGAGCAGAUGAAGGUGGACUCUUUGGAGCGCACUUUGGAGCAAAAGAACAAAGAGAUUGAAGAGUUGACAAAGAUCUGUGACGAACUGAUUGCCAAAAUGGGGAAGAGUUAGCAGCUUCAUCGCAAACCAGGAGUCGUAUGAACAUGAAGUUGAUCACUGUUGCGAGAAUCAAUGGACGUCUAAGGCCAAAGAGGUCUCUGGGUUUCACUUCUUACUGAGUCUCCAGAAAUAUGACCUCCUUUUAAUACUCUGUACAUUUUUGAUGUGUCAGUGUACCGUACUGUAGCCUAUCAGGGGUGUGGUUCAAAGUUUUAGAAAAUCUAUCAUAUCAGUGAUGAGUGUUGUGUGUGCGUGACUGUGUGUGCGGUGAUGAAAAAGCGAAAGGAUUAUUGUGUGUUUAUGAUGUUGCCAUGACAUCCACUGAGGGAGAAGACUGUUUACCUGUUCCUGUUAGUUUCACCUCUUGAUGCAAGAUUAAGGUAGAUUUUGAAAAACAAAAAUAAGCCACAGAUGUUUAAAUUAAUUUGUACAGUCUUGAAACACUUAGAACAUGACCCAAACCAUCACAAUAGACUUGCAUGUAAGAGAGAAGGAAAACCUUGUAAUGUUGUUGUUUGUAUAUAGUGUACUGUGGAAUAUCCAAGUAUAAAACAAGAACUGUCUGCAUUUUGAUAUAGUUUCUCUGUCACCCUCAUCCUGCUGCUUUCAUCUAAGCAUUAUCUAUCAUACUUAUCAUAGAUUUUUUUGUUAAAUUGUUGGACUUUUAUUUUAUUUUGGGGGAAUUUAAUUUUGAUAUUAAAGCAAACUAAUUGUGUCUGUUAAGUUGUGAGCAGGAGCGUUUUUAUUUUUAUUUUGGACGCCUCUGUCUUGCAGUGAUAAUUUUUCACUGAGGAAUGUUUUAUCCUCUUCACAGCUACUGUACAGCAUCAGCUUUCAAAGUGCAAUAAAAGAUGGCAAUACAGCUCAA